GCUGGUUCCCGAGAGUGCUUUUCUUAGAAGGAAACUGCUUUUCUUUCCCCCAGGAGAGUUCCCGGGCAUCUCCACUCCUUUCUGAACAGUCACACGUGCAAACAGCCCCUCGGGAGUCAAGCUAAACUCGAAGCCUCACUGGGAGACGUGGGGCAGUGCAGCAUGGAGUGUGAGGUUGAGGGGAGGGGGAAGUACCAGCACAGCCUGAGUCUACUGAGCAGGGUCAGGAGCAUGAAGGAGCGGGCAGAGAUGGUCGACGUGGUGCUCGUGACAGAGGGGGAGAGGUUCCCCUGCCACAGGCUGGUCCUGGCUGCUUUCAGCCCUUACUUCAGAGCCAUGUUCACCUGCGGGCUCCUGGAGUGUGCGCAGCAGGAGGUCGUGCUCCACGACAUCGCAGCAGGCAGCGUGGCGGUGAUCCUGGACUACAUGUACAGCGCGGCCUUGGAGGUCGACAGUGCCAACGUGCAGGCCGUGGCCAUGGCCGCCUACUUCAUGCAGAUGGAGGACGUCUUCGCUCGGUGCCAGACAUACAUGACGGGUCACAUGGAUGCCUCCAACUGUGUCGGCGUCUAUCACUUCGCAAAGCAGAUUGGAGCCGAAGACUUAGCUGAUCAGUCAGAGAGGUAUUUAUAUCGGCACUUUGCUGAGGUGAGCUUACAUGAAGAAAUACUAGAGGUUGAAGAGCACCAGCUUCUGACGCUUAUUAAAUCUGACGACCUUAACAUAUCCAGGGAGGAGAGCAUCCUAGACUUGGUGCUGCGGUGGGUGAAUCGUGACCCAGCCGCGCGCACGGUGCAUCUGGUCAAGCUUCUGAAGCAGGUCAGACUGGAACUUAUAAACCCUGCUUAUCUAAGACAAGCCCUAAGAAGGAACACCAUGCUUCUGUGUGACGCAGACUGCAUUGACUUGAUCCAGAACGCGUUCAGGGCCAUCAAGACACCCCAGCAGCACUGCCCCCAUCUCCGCUAUGGCAUGGAGACCACCAGUCUUCUGCUUUGCAUCGGCAACAAUUCCGCCGGAAUCCGGUCACGGCGUCAGAACUACGGGGAUGCCAGUUUUUGCUAUGACCCCGCCUCACGGAAGACCUAUUUCAUCUCGUCUCCCAAGUAUGGAGAGGGUUUGGGAAGCGUGUGUGCUGGCGUCGUCAUGGAAGACAACACCAUAAUUGUGGCUGGAGAAGCAAGUGCCUCCAAACUCUCCAGACAGAGGAACAAGGAUCUUGAGAUCUACAGGUAUCAUGACAGAGGAGCCCGGUUUUGGGAAAAGCUGUGUGCAACUGAGUUCCGAGAGCUCUACGCUCUGGGCAGCAUCCAUGACGACCUGUAUGUUGUAGGAGGACAGAUGAAGGUUAAAAGCCAGUAUCUCGUAACAAACUGUGUUGAUAAGUACUCAGUAGAGCAGGACCGUUGGCGAAGGGUGUCCCCUCUGCCCCUGCAGCUGGCCUCCCACGCUGUGGUGACGGUGAACAACAGGCUCUACGUGAUCGGAGGCUGGACCCCGCAGGUGGACCUUCCUGACGAAGAACCUGAUCGACUAAGCAACAGGCUGUUCGAGUACGACCCCGGCCGAGACCAGUGGAGAGAGCGGGCGCCCAUGAAGUUCUCCAGGUACCGCUUCAGCACCGCCGUGGUCAGCAGUGAGGUCUACGUCCUGGGUGGAAUUGGCUGUGUAGGUCGAGACCGGGGCCAGGUUCGAAAAUGCCUGGACGAGGUGGAGAUCUACAACCCAGAUGGGGACUUCUGGCGAGAGGGCCCACCCAUGCCCAGUCCCCUGCUCUCGCUUCGGACCAAUUCCACCAACGCGGGUGCUGUGGACGGGAAGCUCUACGUCUGCGGGGGAUUCCACGGGGCAGACCGCCACGAGGUUAUCUCCAAGGAGAUCCUGGAGCUGGACCCGUGGGAGAACCAGUGGAGCGUGGUGGCCGUGGACGUCCUCAUGCACGACAGCUACGACGUCUGCCUGGUGGCCAGGAUGAACCCCCGCGACCUCAUCCCCCCGCCCUCCGACCUGGUGGAAGGAGGCCGUGAGCACUGAGGGCUCGCUCGCAUCUGCAG